AUGCCUUUUUGUCCUUUAGAGAUGUUAAUCCUUGGUCACUGGCUGCUAGAUGGAAAGGAUCAAAAUAUAACGUGAGUCAUGUAAAUUGCUUUUUUUUAAAUAUAGCAGGCAGGGAGCUUGUAAAUAGGAGCAAAUGGAAAUCAAAGAAGGCUGACUUCGUUCAACCGAAUACCAUUCUUCCUUGUCAUUCUCACAUAAUGUUUCUUAGUUUACUGGCUUAAGUCCUCCGCCUAAUUUCUCAUAACCACCUGGCAUGGGUCUGUGUUCAGGACAUAAAUAUACUGUUAAUGAUAUGGCAUUUAUGUUCCAGGUUAUGCAGAUCUCGAAGGCUGUUAUUCACCUCGGCCUUCGGCUUUGGUGGGUAACAUUCCCCUCGAUCUGCAUAACUCUUCACAUCAUACGAACGGCGAAUUCAACGAUUGUUAAAUAUAUCCCCCGCCAAAUGCGGUUAUAUAUCUUCUAAUUAAUUUUUCCUUUAAUGUAGCUUUAGCAAAUCACUAGAUUUUGUCGAAGGAUGGUGUUCAGGCAGCACGGCUCCUCGUUUUGUUAAAGAUUCAUUCGCUACUGCCCCAGCAGUUCAUCUUAACGGCAGGAGUUUUACCAUUUGCUGCUGGAUAAAACAAACGCGAUUAUCUGGAACACAGACAAUAUAUAACGACUGGCAACUCCCAUGGCAGUUUGAGCUUACCAUCGUUGGUGAUCGGCUGGAAUUUGAGCGCCGUAGCCUCGGCAUUACUAAAUGGUGGUUCUUUAGAAGUACUAAACUUUUAUUAAAUACCUGGACGCACCUUGCAGUCACCUGGAACCACGUGACAGGUAAUGUCUACCUCUACACUAACGGCACCAUAGUGGGUAGCAGAUCGUUUACUCCUGGGACUAAGUUUUACACACUUACGGGUAACCCUUACAAGAUUGCCAACGACGGUCACUGGGAAGAUCACCAGUUCUACGGAUCAGUGAUGGAUUUGUAUGUUUUUGGCACCGCACUGUCCCGUGAUGAAAUUGCCAAAGUAAGAGGUAGGUAAGAAAGUUCAAGUCUUGAAAGACAUUUGAAACUCCCAAAGAGCUUUCAAUUCUAUCUCUGUUUUCCCAAAAACAUUUGAUUUCACUUACGAAAGUGAUUAAAUCACAGGUAACCCCGGCUCACUGUUUGUGUCACGAACGGAUUUCAUAACAUGAGUAAAUAUAGAUAACAUAUCGGGCGACGUUUCGGUCUGGAAAUUUGAUAGAAAAUGGAAAUAAAAAUCUAUGAAACUUACCAUGUGGCGAGUUGUUGUCCUUAAUAUGCACACGAAGUGUCGAGAAAAGUAGUUUGCUUUAUCUUUCCUACAUAGUAUAGUGGCAAGGUAGGAGGCUGAAGGCUGAUCGACCCUAAACUACCACGAUUUUUUUUUGCGAAAAUCGAAUCCAGUCGCCGAAUAAAAACGCCAGGCUCGUUGAACAUGAAUUUCUCUAAACCCUGAAACCACUGAAGCAUCUCCAGCUAGCAACGCCAAGCCAGCAGGCUCCGUAAAACUCUUAUGUUAACCUUCUAAAGGUUGCAUUCCUUUUAGCCAAUCUAAAUCCGGNACCGCACUGUCCCGUGAUGAAAUUGCCAAAGUAAGAGGUAGGUAAGAAAGUUCAAGUCUUGAAAGACAUUUGAAACUCCCAAAGAGCUUUCAAUUCUAUCUCUGUUUUCCCAAAAACAUUUGAUUUCACUUACGAAAGUGAUUAAAUCACAGGUAACCCCGGCUCACUGUUUGUGUCACGAACGGAUUUCAUAACAUGAGUAAAUAUAGAUAACAUAUCGGGCGACGUUUCGGUCUGGAAAUUUGAUAGAAAAUGGAAAUAAAAAUCUAUGAAACUUACCAUGUGGCGAGUUGUUGUCCUUAAUAUGCACACGAAGUGUCGAGAAAAGUAGUUUGCUUUAUCUUUCCUACAUAGUAUAGUGGCAAGGUAGGAGGCUGAAGGCUGAUCGACCCUAAACUACCACGAUUUUUUUUUGCGAAAAUCGAAUCCAGUCGCCGAAUAAAAACGCCAGGCUCGUUGAACAUGAAUUUCUCUAAACCCUGAAACCACUGAAGCAUCUCCAGCUAGCAACGCCAAGCCAGCAGGCUCCGUAAAACUCUUAUGUUAACCUUCUAAAGGUUGCAUUCCUUUUAGCCAAUCUAAAUCCGGAUUUUGCGAUCGAAAAUUCGAUUUUUUGUUCCAUUAAGGAUCAAACCAAUCUAAGAUUGCAAUCCGAACGAUCUACCUCUGAAGGAAGAUCGUUCAGAUUGGUAUCUCAAUCUGGUUUCAGAUCUUUGUUCCAUUUAAUGAAACUGCUUUUCGACCUCAAAAACGUGCUCGUUCAUCAGUAAACACGGCGGGUCAAGGUUAGUCUAGGCAAAAGUUAUUUAUAUUCCCCCGUUGUUCUAUGCCGCUGAAGGAUUGUACUGUAUUUAACUCAAGUUCUACUGUCACUCUAAAUUAAUCCGUUAGGAAGAGAAAUCGCUUAGAUUUUCUCACUGUAAAACUAUACUUUCCAAUGUCUGUUUGCGUUUAGAACGCGCUUCUCAGCGCUUGAGAAUUCGUAAUUGUCUUCUGAAUUUUCUUGAAUCAAAUUCCAGAUAAUUUAAAGUUGAUGAGUUCCAGUAUGACCCACCACUAGUUAAAGAGCUAAUUUUCUUUCCGUUUCUCCACGAGAAGAUGCUUUUAGCAGAAAGAAGUAAAAAACGAUGCGUUGAAAUUGAGAAGAAGAUCGGAGCGGCAGGCUGCUCCUGUAUGGAUCAAUCUUCUUUCAGAUUUUUGUUCCGGCUAGCACGAAAAUCCAAACAGUCUGGAUUGUUCAAAUCCGAAAAAAGUUUGGCUAAAAGGAAUGUAACCAAAAUGGCGGCCCGAAGCCGUCGCGUUAGGAUCACAACUGGUCCAAGGGAGCUGGGGGCGCCUAGUGACGAGUAUACUAAGUCCCCGUGGAGGGAAGGGAGUCCCAGAGUGCUCAAAGAAUUAACUCCUCCACGGGGACCUAUUAUACUUGUCACCAGGCGCCCCGAGCUCAGCGCCAUUUUUUAAUUGGACCAGUUGUGAUCCUAACGGCUUUGGGCCCCCAGAAGGUUAACGUAUUCUACGGAGCGUGCUGGCUUCGUGUUGCUAGCUGCUGGAGAUGCUUCAUUGGCUUCAGGGUUAAGACAAAAUCAUGUUCCACAAGCCUUGCGUGUUUAUUCAGCGACUGGAUUCGAUUUUCGCGAAAAAAAUCGUGCUGGUUUGAGGUCGAUCGGAGCUGCGACGCUGCCGUCAGCCUCCUACCUUGCCACUAUACUGUGUAGGAAAAACGAAACAGACUAUUUUUCUCGAAACUUCGUGUGCAUAUUAAGGACAACAACAACCCGUUACAUGCUAAGUUUUAUGGGUUUUUAUUUCCAUUUUCUAGCAAAUUUCCAGACCUAAUCUUCGCCGAAUAUGUUCUCUAUAUUUUCUCAUGUUAUGAAACCCUUACGUGACACAAACAGUGAGCUGGAUCACCUGUGGUUAAAUUCGCUACGAUUCACGUAAUUUAUCAAACCGUGAUUUGGUAGACAUCAAAAGUCUGAUUAAAGUCCGCAUCCAAUAGACUCGGCACGCAGGGUUUUCUUUACGAAUAAUUUGAGUAGAAGACUUUCUCACUUUCCAAGGCUGAUGUCCAUGUAUUACGGGGUCCGUAAUAUUAUCAUUACUUUUUUCUGAAGCAACAGCCACCUAAUGAAAGAGACAAAUAAGUAAAUGAAUUAAUUAAAAUAAGAAAAAAAUUGUCUUCUUUACUGUAAAAAAAAGUAUACAUAAGAUUCCAACAAAAACCAGUAUUAACUUUCUAAAAAAGGUGCUCGUUGCUUCAGUCUCAUGAUCUUUAACAUCACUUAUUUUAUUCAGGUGUUCCUAUAAUUUUGAAUAAAGACAAGGAAGUAGCAGGAGAUACCGUUGUUAUCAUAUGGGAACCACCACUGAAUGGGGCGUGUUUUGUCUUGGGGUAUAAAGUCUACUACAGAAAGGUCUCAUUGGCAGUGACUAGUCCUUGGAGCUCCGUAUCCGUGGACAAAAAUUGUACGAACCACACCUUGCACCUGGGUUGUUGGAAGGAGUAUGAAGUCGCAGUCACUUCACUUACUGCUGCAAAUGCAAACACUGACAGCACUGAGAGCAGUUUUAGUGACAGCCGGAUAUGGAACUUCAAAGUUAGGAGGGGUAAGUUUGGGUAUAAUUCAUAG